UCCUCGUCAAAUUCGUUUUCGCCGUCUCGCCGUUUGGUCGCUUGUUCCGGACUCUGCGUCGCUCUUAACUUUGUUCGCUGCUGGUGUUUCGUCAAACCCAGAAGAUUUGUUAAAUACUAAAUCCAAAAAAGAUGUGAGAAAUGUGUAAUUAAAACUGGACUGUAGACUGAAAAGUAGAAAACCCGAGCAUCGAAAAUCGAGAACAUUGAAGAAAACCCAAAAAGAAAAACCAAAAGCCAACAACAAAUGCUCAAAUCUGCGGCGUCGUCGCUGCGUCGACGUCGUCCAAAAACAACAACUGCCAUUAAGAUGCCGCAGUCGGCGUUGCUGAUUGCAGCGCUGUUCUUGCUCUGCUACUGCGACAGCUGCUUUUUUUGUUACGCGGAUGCCAAUCCGCAGUCGCAGCAGCAGCAGAAUCAACUUGUCCAGCAGCAGCAGCUCCAGGCUCCAAGAUUCACCACCCAUCCAUCGUCAUCGGGGUCGAUUGUCAGCGAGGGCAGUACCAAGAUACUACAGUGUCAUGCGCUGGGAUACCCGCAGCCCACAUAUCGAUGGCUGAAGGACGGAGUCCCCGUGGGCGACUUCUCAUCCAGCCAGUUCUACCGGUUCCACAGCACUCGGCGCGAGGAUGCGGGCAGCUAUCAGUGCAUUGCCAGAAAUGAUGCCGGAUCCAUAUUCAGUGAGAAGAGCGACGUUGUCGUUGCCUACAUGGGCAGUUUUGAGAACACCACCGAGGGUCGUUUGACGGUGAUCAGUGGGCACCCUGCGAUAUUCGAUAUGCCAGCCAUUGAUUCGGUGCCGGUGCCCUCGGUAAUGUGGCAAUCGGAGGACGGUCCUUUGAACUAUGACAUCAAGUACGCCUUCACCCAGGCCAAUCAGCUGGUCAUCCUGAGUGCGGAUGAGAACGAUCGCAAGGGAUAUCGGGCCAAGGCGAUCAACACGCAGCUGGGCAAAGAGGAGAGCAGUGCUUUCGUUCAUCUGAAUGUCAGUGGAGAUCCCUAUAUAGAAGUGGCGCCCGAAAUCAUAGUGCGUCCGCAGGAUGUGAAAGUCAAAAUGGGAACUGGUGUGGUUGAGCUGCAGUGCAUUGCGAAUGCCAGACCGCUGCACGAAUUGGAAACUCUUUGGCUAAAAGAUGGUCUUGCGGUGGAAACGGCCGGCGUGAGGCACACUCUGAAUGAUCCAUGGAAUCGUACCUUGGCCUUGUUGCAGGUCAAUAGCUCACACUCCGGUGAAUAUACCUGCCAGGUGCGAUUGCGCAGUGGCGGCUAUCCGGCCGUAAGUGCUUCGGCUCGCCUUCAAAUCCUCGAACCGCCGGUCUUUUUCACACCCAUGCGAGCGGAAACCUUUGGCGAAUUCGGCGGACAGGUGCAGCUAACCUGCGAUGUUGUGGGCGAGCCCACGCCCCAGGUCAAGUGGUUCAGGAAUGCCGAGUCCGUGGAUGCACACAUUGAAAGCGGAAGAUACACGUUGAACACGGAUAAUACGCUGGUAAUUAAGAAACUAAUCCUGGAUGAUGCCGCCAUGUUUCAGUGUCUGGCCAUCAACGAAGCGGGCGAGAACUCGGCAAGCACUUGGCUGCGCGUUAAAACAAAAACGGCCAAGAUCCGCGUGAAGCGUUUGGCCCAGCCGCGAAUCCUGAGGGUAAGAGCUUCGCAUGCUGGCUUGGGAUCGGAAAAGGGAUCGGGAUCGGGAUCGGGAACAGGUUCCUCCGGUAGACGCAAGGAGUUUCGCUUUGCAUCGGCUCCGAUUAUGGAACUGCCGCCCCAGAAUGUGACCGCCUUGGAUGGCAAGGAUGCGACUAUUUCCUGCCGUGCUGUUGGAUCACCCAAUCCCAACAUAACCUGGAUUUACAAUGAGACCCAACUGGUGGACAUAUCCAGCCGGGUGCAGAUACUCGAAUCGGGCGACCUGCUCAUCUCGAACAUCCGAUCCGUGGACGCGGGUCUAUAUAUCUGCGUGCGGGCCAACGAGGCGGGCAGCGUCAAGGGCGAGGCCUAUUUGAGUGUUUUGGUGCGGACACAAAUCAUCCAGCCGCCGGUGGACACAACGGUGCUGCUUGGCCUUACGGCCACCCUGCAGUGCAAGGUGUCCAGUGAUCCCAGUGUUCCGUACAACAUUGACUGGUAUCGCGAGGGUCAGUCGUCGACGCCCAUCAGUAAUUCGCAGCGCAUUGGCGUCCAGGCGGACGGUCAACUGGAGAUCCAGGCGGUGCGGGCCAGCGAUGUGGGCAGCUAUGCCUGUGUGGUCACCUCUCCCGGGGGAAAUGAGACGCGGGCCGCCCGCCUCAGCGUCAUCGAGCUACCAUUUCCGCCCAGCAACGUGAAGGUGGAACGGCUGCCGGAGCCGCAACAGCGCAGCAUCAACGUUUCCUGGACACCGGGAUUCGAUGGCAACAGUCCAAUAUCCAAAUUUAUUAUCCAGCGACGUGAGGUCUCCGAAUUGGAAAAAUUCGUAGGUCCAGUUCCAGACCCUCUGCUCAACUGGAUCACCGAACUGAGCAAUGUCUCAGCGGAUCAACGAUGGAUCCUGCUCGAGAACCUCAAGGCCGCCACCGUCUAUCAGUUUAGGGUUAGUGCCGUGAAUCGCGUAGGCGAGGGUUCUCCAUCGGAGCCCAGUAAUGUCGUCGAACUGCCCCAAGAAGAGUUUCCGCUUCACCGAGCUCCUUCCGGUCCACCGGUGGGUUUUGUUGGAUCCGCGCGCUCCAUGUCGGAGAUUAUCUCGCAGUGGCAACCGCCUUUGGAGGAGCAUCGCAAUGGCCAGAUCCUGGGCUAUAUCCUACGUUACCGCCUUUUUGGCUACAACAAUGUGCCGUGGUCCUACCAAAAUAUCACAAACGAAGCGCAACGCAACUUUCUGAUCCAAGAGCUGAUCACCUGGAAGGAUUACAUUGUACAGAUAGCGGCAUAUAACAACAUGGGCGUGGGUGUCUACACCGAGGGUUCCAAGAUCAAGACCAAAGAGGGCGUACCCGAAGCACCGCCCACGAAUGUGAAAGUGGAGGCCAUAAAUUCAACAGCGGCCAGAUGUCGAUGGACACCACCCAAUCCGCAGCAGAUAAAUGGCAUCAAUCAGGGCUACAAGAUUCAGGCCUGGCAACGUCGGCUGAUCGAUGGGGAGUGGAAGGAUAUCGAAAGGCGCAUGAUGACUGUGCCCCCGAGUUUGAUCGAUCCACUGGCGGAACAGACGGCCAUACUGGGAGGUCUGGAGAAAUUUUCCGAAUACAACAUCAGUGUGCUCUGCUUUACGGAUCCCGGCGAUGGUGUGGCCAGCGUUCAAGUGCCAGUGAUGACCCAGGAUGAUGUGCCCGAUGAGAUAACCGCUCUGCAUUUCGACGACGUGUCCGAUCGGUCGGUGAAAGUUCUCUGGGCACCACCACGCUUCUCCAACGGUAUACUCACGGGCUAUACGGUUCGCUACCAAGUCAAGGAUCGUCCGGAUACUUUGAAAUCUUUUAAUCUAACAGCGGACGAUACCGAGCUGACGGUCAACCAAUUGCAGGCCACCACGCACUAUUGGUUUGAGAUCUUCGCGUGGACACGGGUUGGCAGUGGAGCUCCAAAAACAGCCACCAUUCAGUCUGGUGUAGAGCCAGUUCUGCCACAUGCACCCACCAGUCUAGCGCUAUCCAAUAUCGAAGCCUUCUCCGUUGUGCUACAAUUCACGCCGGGCUUCGAUGGCAACUCCAGCAUUACCAAGUGGAAGGUCGAGGGUCAGACAGCGAGGAAUAUGACGUGGUUCACCAUUUGUGAGAUCAAUGAUCCCGAUGCUGAAACCUUGACGGUCACUGGCUUGGUGCCAUUCACCCAAUACCGGCUGAGGCUGAGUGCCAGCAAUGUGGUUGGCAGUUCGAAACCCUCGGAGGCCACCAAAGACUUCCAAACCAUCCAGGCCAGGCCCAAGCAUCCACCAUUCAAUGUAACCGUGAGGGCAAUGAGUGCUCAGCAGCUGAGAGUUCGCUGGAUUCCAUUGCAACAAACGGAGUGGUAUGGCAAUCCCCGGGGUUACAAUAUAUCCUACAAGCAGUUGGUCAAGACCCCGGGAACCGUCAAGUACUUGCCCCGUUCGGUGGUAAUCGAAGAUCACACAGCCAACUCGCAUGUGCUGGAUGGUCUGGAGGAGUGGACCCUGUACGAGGUGAUAAUGAAUGCCUGCAACGAUGUGGGUUGCUCGAAGGAGAGUGGCACUGCGAUAGAGCGAACCCGUGAAGCUGUUCCCAGCUAUGGACCCCUGGAUGUCCAGGCGAAUGCCACAUCGUCCACCACGGUGGUUGUGCGAUGGGGCGAAGUGCCGCGACAACAUAGGAACGGUCAGAUUGAUGGCUACAAGGUGUUCUAUGCCGCCGCAGAUCGUGGGGGCCAACAGGUGCUGCACAAGACGAUACCGAACAAUGCCACCUUCACCACUACCCUCACCGAACUCAAGAAGUUCGUGGUGUAUCACGUUCAGGUCUUGGCCUACACGAGAUUGGGUAAUGGUGCUCUAAGCACUCCACCCAUUAGGGUACAGACCUUUGAGGAUACGCCUGGCGUUCCGUCGAAUGUGAGUUUUCCCGACGUCACCUUAACAAUGGCCCGCAUCAUUUGGGAUGUGCCCAUGGAUCCCAACGGAGAGAUCUUGGCCUAUCAGGUAACCUAUACCCUGAACGGUAGUGCCAUGCUGAACUACAGUCGAGAGUUUCCACCCUCCGAUCGGACAUUCCGAGCCACCGGUUUACUUCCCGAAAAGUAUUACAGCUUCAGUUGUACGGCCCAAACGCGUCUGGGAUGGGGUAAGAUAGCCACUGCCCUGGUGUACACCACAAAUAAUAGGGAGCGACCGCAGGCGCCGUCUGUGCCGCAGAUAUCACGCAGCCAGAUUCAGGCCCAUCAGAUCACCUUCAGUUGGACACCGGGAAGGGACGGCUUUGCCCCACUUCGUUACUACACCGUGGAGAUGCGCGAAAAUGAGGGCCGAUGGCAGCCACUGCCAGAGAGAGUGGAUCCACUACUCAGUUCCUACACAGCCUUGGGUCUGAGACCCUACAUGACCUACCAGUUUCGUAUACAGGCCACCAAUGAUCUGGGCCCAUCGGCCUUUAGUCGGGAAAGUGUGGUGGUGCGAACUCUGCCCGCUGCCCCGGCAGCCGGAGUUGGGGGCCUAAAGGUGGUGCCCAUCACCACAACAUCGGUGAGGGUGCAGUGGAGUGCCCUGGAGACGGGAAUGUGGAAUGGUGAUGCCGGAACUGGUGGCUACAGGAUUCUGUAUCAACAGCUUUCUGACUUCCCGACUGCCCUGCAGUCCACACCCAAAACCGAUGUGCACGGCAUCAAUGAGAACAGUGUGGUGUUGUCGGAUCUGCAACAGGAUCGCAACUAUGAGAUUGUGGUGUUGCCUUUUAACUCACAAGGUCCUGGACCGGCAACGCCCCCGGCAGCGGUUUAUGUGGGCGAAGCGGUGCCCACCGGAGAACCGAGAGCCGUUGAUGCAGCCCCCAUUUCCAGCACCGAAGUGCGUUUACUGUGGAAGCCACCCAAGCAGAGCAUGCAGAAUGGUGACAUCCUGGGCUACAAGAUCUACUAUCUGGUCACCUACUCACCGCAAGCCUUGGAGCCCGGUCGCAAGUGGGAGGAGGAAAUCGAGGUGGUCUCGGCCACAGCCACCUCGCACAGUCUGGUGUUCCUCGACAAGUUCACCGAGUAUCGCAUCCAGUUGCUGGCCUUCAAUCCGGCCGGAGAUGGACCGAGAUCAGCGCCGAUCACCGUGAAAACACUGCCAGGAGUACCGAGUGCUCCGCUUCAUCUUCGAUUUUCGGACAUCACCAUGCAGAGCCUGGAGGUCACCUGGGAUGCACCAAAGUUCCUCAACGGCGAGAUCCUGGGAUACUUGGUCACCUACGAGACCACCGAGGAGAACGAGAAGUUUAGCAAGCAGGUGAAACAAAAGGUAUCGAAUACCACACUUCGUGUGCAAAAUCUGGAGGAGGAGGUCACCUACACGUUUACGGUCCGUGCUCAAACGUCCGUGGAUUACGGACCGGGUGUGAGUGAGAAUGUGACGACUGGACCCCAAGAUGGAUCACCGGUAGCGCCGCGUGAUCUCAUCCUGACCAAGACGCUGUCCAGCGUCGAGAUGCACUGGAUCAAUGGGCCGUCGGGCAGGGGUCCCAUUCUGGGCUAUCUAAUUGAGGCCAAGAAGCGAGAAAAAGGAGAGCCGUCAUUUGUUUACGACUCCCGCUGGACGAAAAUCGAGCAGACACGAAAGGGCAUGAUGCAGGACUUUACGGUCAGCUAUCACAUUUUGAUGCCCUCGACGGCGUACACAUUCCGGGUGAUUGCCUACAAUCGGUACGGCAUUUCGUUUCCCGUGUACUCCAAGGACUCGAUCCUGACGCCCUCGAAACUGCACCUGGAAUACGGUUACCUGCAGCACAAGCCCUUCUAUCGGCAAACAUGGUUCAUGGUCUCUCUGGCGGCCACUUCGAUUGUGAUCAUUGUGAUGGUCAUUGCAGUGUUGUGUGUCAAGAGCAAGAGCUACAAAUACAAACAGGAGGCACAAAAGACUCUGGAGGAAUCCAUGGCCAUGUCCAUUGACGAGCGACAGGAGUUGGCUCUGGAGUUGUAUCGCUCUCGUCACGGCGUCGGCACAGGCACCCUGAACAGUGUGGGCACUCUGCGCAGCGGCACAUUGGGAACCUUGGGCAGGAAGUCCACCAAUCGACCACCGCCGGGUGUCCAUCUCGGCAAGAGUCCGCCACGCCCCUCGCCCGCCUCCGUGGCAUACCACAGCGACGAGGAGAGCCUAAAGUGCUACGACGAGAAUCCGGACGACAGCAGCGUGACCGAGAAGCCCUCGGAGGUGAGCAGUUCGGAGGCAUCGCAGCACUCGGAGAGCGAAAACGAGAGCGUACGCAGCGAUCCGCACUCCUUUGUGAAUCACUAUGCCAAUGUGAACGACUCGCUGCGGCAGUCGUGGAAGAAGACCAAGCCGGUGCGAAACUACUCCAGCUACACCGACUCAGAGCCGGAGGGCAGUGCAGUGAUGAGCCUCAAUGGUGGCCAGAUUAUCGUCAAUAAUAUGGCCAGAUCGAGGGCACCACUGCCCGGCUUCUCGUCGUUUGUCUGACAAUCAACCGAGUUCUAAGAUCUAAGCACCAGUAGCAACGGCACCGUCAUCCGCGAGACCUUUGUCUAGGUUUGUCCACGACGAGGAAAACGAAGAUGAGGAUUGGCAUGAGGAUGUGGAUGAAACUGAGAAGGCGACAAGGUGAUCCGGAAAUGGGAGACAGAGCUGGGGGCUUGGCUGGGGGUGAAACGAAUCGAAUUGAAUCGAAUCUACGAUCAACAUAUGGAGGAGGACACCCACAUCCACACCCACAUAUCAGACUGAUCCAGCAGGACCUCCGGCCCUCAGCCCCUCCAGCUCUCCGACGAUGCGCUGCUACAGGGAUAUAUAUAAAUAUAUACAUAUUACUAAAUAACAGACAUUCGCUUAGGUUAUCCUGUAUGCAUUUAGUUAUAGUUUAUAGUUACGAGAGAUCUGAGAUUUGCGAGCAUUUAUGUACUACUCACACUGUAUUGUGGGUGUUUGUGUUUUAAUGUUCUUGUUUUAGUUGAAAAUGUUUUUAUAUAUAUGUAUAUGGAAGUGUCUCUUGGGCCUCUUUAAUCUGUAUCAUUUUUAGUACUAGGCUCACAAGACAUUUGCAUUGAUUGGAUAUUUUAAAUUGAGACAAGAAAACUAAAACACCAAUACUCAGUAGAGUGUGAGAAGGGCAUUAGUUUUAGCCUGUGUUUUACCACUGUGUUUCCCAGCAUGACUUUGCUCCUAUUUUUUAGUAUUUAUUUACGAGUGUGCAUUGUGAUUGCAGUGCUGUCCGCCACGCCUCCAAGCAAUGGCAUUUAAUCGAAAAGGGGCGCUAUCGAAUCGAAUCCGGAUCCGGAUCCGGAUCCUGUGAUAAAUCGAUUCGUGGCGUCCGGUAGAGUUAUACAAAUGAUUUCCAAGUGUGUUCAGGGCGUGUGGCAGGCAGCUUGAACUUUUUUGAGUGACUGUGAGUGUGCGAGUGAUCUACAUACGCGUUUAGUCUGGCGCAAUCUCAUUAUAUUUAAAACGACAAAAGGUUAUGUUUUAUGUUUAUUUUUUUUUUUUUUAAUUGUGUGUGCGAUAAAAACUAGUUAAUCUAGAAGUUUGAAGUUUGAAGGCGAGGACGAAACACCGAUGCAAUCGGUGGUGGUCUAAGUAGAUAAAACGAAGAGAAAAAGUUCAAGAGAAACACAAAACAAACAAGAAAAAAACGACAUGAGAAGAAAUGCAAAAGAAAAACAAAUAACCAUAUCUUAUAAGCAAAGAUAAAUGUAAUUUUUUUUUUUUUUGGACAGGCAAACAGAGGAAGGCUAUAGCUAUUUGGAAUGAGCAGAAUAUCUAAAGAAGAAGGCUUAGGAUACGUAUAUUCAUCAGAUAUAUUGAUAGGCCAUAUUAAUGCAAUUUCUUUACCACAUAAGUCCACAAACGAAAGCAACUGUAACACACAAAGCAAAACAAGCAAACAAACAAACAAACGAGCAAACAUGCAAACAUUAAGCAGACCUGCAAAAAAACACAAACAAACGAGGAAAAGAUUCUAUACGAGCGCAUGCGCAGCAGACUUAGCACUAAGUACGAUCCGUACGAUCUUAGUAGUAGGUAAGAUGCAUUUUUUUUGUUAGUUGGGGCCCAGUCCCUCCGGGGGGACUACGCCCAGGUACUCUAGCUCGUAACUCUUCGAUUGUUCAGACCCCCAAGCUUAGGUGUAAUUGUACUCGUAAUUGUAUUUGAAUGCAGUUUAUAUUUAUGACUAUAUUUAUAUAUCGAUGUAUGUAUACAUGUAUAUCUAAAAACUUAAACGACUGAUUAUAUAUUUUCCCCCGAUUAGUUGUACACUUAACUCCUUUUUGUAUUGUACUACCUAUGCAUUAACUACGUUUAGACCACUUUGACGCCCCCCCCCCCCCCCCCCUAUCCCCAACCCCCCUCUCCGAAAUGAAAAUCGGAGUGGAAAACCGGCGGAGUUUUCAGCGAAUCGCAAGCUAAUUUCAACUUCAAAGACUCGAAGCACAAGUUCAUCUAGUUAAGUAAAUGUAAUUGUAAUUGUUGAAUUGAUGAUUGACGGAUAGGCGUCCUCCACUAAUUGAGGGUCAAGUCGUUCGAUGUGGAGGAAAGCGGCUUUUAGGGAUCGAUAAGAAGAAGGAUAAGGAUAAGGCGGAGUUCAAGGAUCUUGGCUCGGGGCUAGUUGAAAUCCGUACAGCAAGCGCAAAGUAUUAGAAUAUUGAUAAAUACAAUUUAAAUGUGUAAAUGUAAUUGAUGGAGCAUACGAAUAUGAAUCAAUAAAAGAACAUGAAAUCAAUGUGAAAA